ACCUUUGCCUCCUGCUACACGCAGCCACUAAUCACUAGGGUGAUUUCGACCUAUAAAAAGCAAGAGGUCUGUGCUGGCAGUCACAUCUCCAGCUUCCUACACACUGCCAUGGGGCAUCUUAAACUCUUAGCCUUGUUCAUGGUGUGCCUGCUGCUCGUGAGUCAGGUGGGAUCAUCUCCCUUGCCCCAACAGAGCUCAACCCAGAGAAGACUUAAAAGAAUGACCCCCUUCUGGCGAGGUGUCUCCCUCAGGCCCAUUGGGGCAUCCUGUCAUGAUGACUCUGAAUGCAUCACAAGACUAUGCAGGAAAAGGCGCUGUUCCCUCAACAUGACCCAGGAAUAAUAUAUGAACUGAAAAAAAGA